CUCGAGUCGAGUCGCAAGUCCCCUCCGGCACAAUGGCCCCGAUGAACAACUUCUUCCGCGCGGCGCGCCCCGUUUUCCGCAACACCUUCUUCACCUCCAACGCCGCCCGCAAUGGCGGCAAGCGCUUCCAGAGCACAGCGAGUUCGGAGCAAGCGCAAGAGUCCUUCUUCAAGCGCAUGUGGAACAGCCCGGUCGGCUUCAAGACGGUGCACUUCUGGGCCCCUGUCAUGAAAUGGGGUCUCGUCCUCGCAGGUAUCUCCGACUUUGCGCGCCCGGCCGAGAAGCUCUCGCUCACCCAGAACGCCGCCCUGACUGCCACCGGUCUCAUCUGGACCCGCUGGUGCUUGAUCAUCAAGCCCAAGAACUACCUUCUCGCCGCCGUCAACUUCUUCCUUGGCAUCGUCGGUGUCGUUCAGGUCUCCCGUAUCCUCAUGUGGCAACAAUCCCAAAAGAACAAGACCCUCCCCGCCGCUGCUGAGGAGGUCAAGGAAAACGUUAAGGAGGAGGUCAAGAAGGUCGUCAAGGCCUAAACUUCUUCGAACGUAACGAAAUCGAUCGAUUGAUGACGAGCCAUUGAGGUUUUGGCAUAGUUGGUAGUCGGGAGUCGGGAGUCGGGAGUCGAAGUCCAAGUCGAAGUCAAAAGUCGAAAACACGUAGAGGCCGGCAUUUCGUCAAAAAAAGGGUUUUGAAGUGAUACGACAGGAGCUGAAAUCACAUGCCGACUGUGACUAUAUAAGACUGCGGCAACGGCAACGGCUAUAGCGAAGCUGACGUCGAUGGAAUGUGGAAGGGCAGCGCCACGACUUUGAAGUGUCUGCAUCGACGGAUGGCGGGGUGGACGGGCUUAUGUCAUUGGAAGGAGCCGGGGUCUUUAUAUUGGCGAUGUGCUUGAUUCUGAUCAGAUCAGAUACAAAGUCUUGACGGUGGAUGUGUAGGUGUAGGUGAAGAUGAGGUACAGUUCCGGAGGCGGCAAAGUGCGCGGCUUAUAACGAUCCAAGGCGAAGGCAACUUCACCAUGUGAUCCAUCUCUUGUGCUGAUCUCGGCACUAGAUAUCACAACAUUAUUUCUUUUUUUCUCUCUUCAAUGGUUUCCAAUAUAUGCGCCCGUUCUAUCAUCU